CCGCCAUUAAACCAAAGAAGAAGAAGACAAAUAAGUAAUAUGGCGGACUUUACAAAAGAAGUUGAACAUUGUACGAUCUUACAGACACGUAGAUUUUCAAAAGAUUCGUCUUUUCAAAGUCUGUGAAACGGAAGUUGUGUUUGGAGCCUUGCGGCGAUAUCUGAAGUGAAGAUUGAAGACGUGAUAGAAGAUGGACGACUACUGCUAUGCUAAGAUGGUGACGUCAUGUCAAAGAGAACAUGAAAGACAAUCAGAAACUUCCAGCAAAUCACCAACGGAGAUAAAGACGGAAGAUGACGACGUCCAGCAGAUGAUUGGUCAUUCAGAAGAAGUUUCCCCUCAGUCAGGGGGGAGCUCCACUUUGAAGCAGGAGACUCCACAACCACCACAAAUUAAAAAGGAAGAGGAGGAACUCUGGAUCACUCAGGAGGGAGAGUGUCUUCUUGGACCACAGGAGGCUGAUCUUACCAAGUUUCCACUGACUGUUGUCUCUGUGAAGACUGAAGAUGAUGAAGAGAAACCACAAGUAGACAACCUCUUAGCUCCACUAUCAGAUAGUGAGGCUGAAGACGAGGUUGAAGUGACUUUGAGCGGCGAUACAGACUGUGAAGAUGAUAUGAGGACUCAGAAUGACAACAAACACUCUGAAUGUUCUAAAAAGAAGACCAGUAAAACAUGCUCAAUUUGUGCUAAAAACUUUUCAAAAAAGAGCGAUUUGACUCAACACAUGAGACUUAACACGGGAGAAAAUCAAUUUAAUUGUUCAGAAUGUGGUAAAAGUUGCACUUCAAAGAUCAGUUUGGGCAAACACAUGAAAACUCACACUGCAGAGAAAAACUUCAAAUGUUCAGUUUGUGGUAAAGGCUUCACUGGAAAGAGCCUUGUGACUCGACACAUGAAAACGCACACCGGAGAAAAAACUUUUAAAUGUUCAGUCUGCCAUAAAGGCUUUUCCCAAAAGACCCACGUGACGGAACACAUGAAAACGCACACUGGAGAAAAAACAUUUCAUUGUUCGGUCUGUGGGAAAGACUUUUCUCGAAAGAGCCUGUUGACUCGACACACGAAGACGCACACCGGGGAAAAACCGUUCAAUUGUUCAGUUUGCGGCAAAGGCUUCUCUUUGAAGUUCUGUUUGACCAAUCACAUGAGAACUCACACCGCGGGAAAAACAUUUAAAUGUUCAGUUUGCGGUAAAGGCUUUCCUGGAGAGAGCCUCAUGACUCAACACAUGAAAACGCAUGCUGGGGAAAUUGCGUUGAAAUGUUCGGUGUGUGGGAAAGACUUUUCUCAAAAGGCCCCGACGGAAGAGCAGAUGAAAACGCACACUGGAGGAAAAACGCUUGAUUGUUCAGUAUGUGGCAACAGCUUUUAUUUCAAGUUCAGUUUGGCCAAACUGCAGAACUCGCGCAGGAGAAAAAACAUCAACUGUUCAGUUUGUGGCGAAAGCUUUUCUGGAAAACAAGGUUUGACUCGGCACAUGAGAACACACAGUGGAGAAAAAACCUAAUUCAAUCAACCAAUCAAUCAAUGUUUACUUAUAUAGCCCUAAAUCACUAGUGUCUCAAAGGGCUGCACAAACCACUACGACAUCCUCGGUAGGCCCACAUAAGGGCAAGGAAAACUCACACCCAGUGGGACGUCGGUGACAAUGAUGACUAUGAGAACCUUAGAGAGGAGGAAAGCAAUGGAUGUCGAGCGGGUCUAACAUGAUACUGUGAAAGUUCAAUCCAUAAUGGAUCCAACACAGUCGCGAGAGUCCAGUCCAAAGAGGAUCCAACACAGCAGCGAGAGUCCCGUUCACAGCGGAGCCAGCAGGAAACCAUCCCAAGCGGAGGCGGAUCAGCAGCGCAGAGAUGUCCCCAGCCGAUACACAGGCAAGCAGUACAUGGCCACCGGAUCGGACCGGACCCCCUCCACAAGGGAGAGUGGGACAUAGGAGAAAAAUAAAAGAAACGGCAGAUCAACUGGUCUAAAAAGGGAGUAGAAAUCUGCGUUCAAAGGACUCCGGCUUGUUAGUGAUUCCCAAAGCCCAAAAAAAGUCUGCGGGCUAUAGAGCGUUUUCCGUUCGGGCUCCAGUACUCUGGAAUGCCCUCCCGGUAACAGUUGGAGAUGCCACCUCAGUAGAAGCAUUUAAGUCUCACCUUAAAACUCAUUUGUAUACUCUAGCCUUUAUACUCCCCUUUUUCUUUGUGUGGUAAAAGCUUUUUUUCCAGGUCAGGUUUUAAACAACACUUAAUUUAACACAUUGGAGAGCAAAAACACCAUUUAGUUGUUCAGGCACAUUUUUUGUUAUCACAUGAGGAGUCUGGUAUCAUCCACAAAUCUGUGUGUUUAAAUGUGUUACCAUAGUAUCCUUCUAAGGCAAUCUCUCAAAGCAAACUAAGCAUUAAAUCACACCUGGGCGAAUUAAGGCCCGGGGGCCACUUUUCAAUCUGGCGAGCCGGACAUUCCCAAAUUUUUGGGGGGGGAUCUUUAAGAUAGAAAGUGUAGCUGCCAUUAUGAUGUGCAGUCAUGUUUUCUAAUGACCGUAAGUCUUGAAUUAUACUAAGUAGUUCAAUGGUUGGAAUCGGCGCUUAUGGAUGAUAUACCAGUUACUAUGGUUAUUAUACAAACCCCGUUUCCAUAAAAGUUGGGAAAUUGUGUUAGAUGUAAUUGUAAAUAUGAACGGAAUACAAUGAUUUGCGAAUCCUUUUUAACCCAUAUUCAAUUGAAUGUACUACAAAGACAAGAUAUUUGAUGUUCAAACUUUUUUUUGCAAAUAAUAAUUAACUUAGAAUUUCAUGGCUGCAACAUGUGCCAAAGUAGUUGGGAAAGGGCAUGUUCACCACUGUGUUACAUCACCUUUUCUUUUAACAACACUCAAUGAACGUUUGGGAACUGAGGAAACUAAUUGUUGAAGCUUUGAAAGUGGAAUUCUUUACCAUUCUUGCUUGAUGUACAGCUUAAGUUGUUCAACAGUCCGGGGUCUUGUUGUCGUAUUUUACGCUUCAUUAUGCGCCACACAUUUUUGAUGGGAGACAUGUCUGGACUGCAGGCGUGCCAGGAAAGUACCUGCACUUUUUUAUUACGAAGCCACGCUGUUGUAACACGUGGCUUGGCAUUGUUUUGCUGAAAUAAGCAGGGGCGUCCAUGAUAACGUUGCUUGGAUGACAACAUAUGUUGCUCCAAAACCUGUAUGGACCAUUCAGCAUUAAUGGUGCCUUCACAGAUGUGUAAGUUACCCAUGCCUUGGGCACUAAUACACCCCCAUACCAUCACACAUGUGUAAGUUACCCAUGUCUUGGGCACUAAUACACCCCCAUACCAUCACACAUGUGUAAGUUACCCAUGCCUUGGGCACUAAUACACCCCCAUACCAUCACAGAUGCUGGCUUUUGAACUUUGCGCCUAUAACAAUCAGGAUGGUUAUUUUCCCCUUUGUUCUGGAGGACACCACGUCCACAGUUUCCAAAUAUAAUUUGAAAUGCGGACUCGUCAGACCACAGAAAACUUUUCCGCUUCGCAUCAGUCCAUCUUAGAUGAGCUCGGGCCCAGAGAAGCCGGCAGCGUUCCUGGUUGUUGUUGAUAAAUGGCUUUCGCUUUGCAUAGUAGAGUUUUAACUUGCACUUACAGAUGUAGCGACCAACUUUAGUUACUGACGGUGGUUUUAUGAAGUGUUCCUGAGCCUAUGUGGUGAUAUCCUUGACACACUGAUGUUGGUUUUUGAUGCAGUACCGCCUGAGGGAUCAACGGUCCGUAAUAUCGUCGCUUACGUGCAGUGAUUUCUCCAGAUUUUCUAAACCUUUUGAUGAUUUUACGGACCCUAGAUGGUAAAAUCCCUAAAUUCCUUGCAAUAGCUUGAUGAGAAAUGUUGUUCUAAAACUGUUCGACAAUUUGCUUACAAAUUGGUGACCCUCACCCCAUCCUUGUUUGUGAAUGACUUAGCAUUUCAUGGAAGCUGCUUUUAUAUCCAAUCAUGGCACCCACCUGUUCCCAAUUAGCCUGCACACCUGUGGGAUGUUCCAAAUAAGUGUUUGAUGAGCAUUCCUCAACCUAAUCAGUAUUUAUUGCCACCUUUCCCAACUUCUUUGUCACGUGUUGCUGGCAUCAAAUUCUAAAGUUAAUGAUUAUUUGCAAAAAAAAACUUUUUAUCAGUUUGAACAUCAAAUUUGUUGUCUUUUCAAGCCAUAUUCAACUGAAUAUGGCUUGAAAAGGAUUUGCAAAUCAUUGUUUUCCGUUUAUAUUUACAUCUAACACCAUUUCGCAACUCAAAUGGAAACGGGGUUUGUAAAUAAAUAAAUGAUAAAUGGGUUGUACUUGUAUAGCGCUUUUCUACCUUCAAGGUACUCAAAGCGCUUUGACACCACUUCCACAUUUACCCAUUCACACACACAUUCACACACUGAUGGAGGGAGCUGCCAUGCAAGGCGCUAACCAGCACCCAUCAGGAGCAAGGGUGAAAUGUCUUGCUCAGGACACAACGGACGUGACGAGGUUGGUACUAGGUGGGGAUUGAACCAGGGACCCUCGGGUUGCGCACGGCCACUCUGCCACUGCUCCCCAUUAGGGCUGCGAAUCUUUGGGUCUCCCACGAUUCGAUUUAAUAUCGUUUCUUGGGGUCACGAUUCGAUUCAAAAACUAUUUUUUUCCUGAUAUAAAAGGAUUGUGUAUUCAUUCAAUACAUAGAUUUCAGCAGGAUCUACCCCAGUCUGCUGACAUGCUAGCAGAGUAGUAGAUUUUUGUAAAAAGCUUUUAUAAUUGUAAAGGACAAUGUUUCAUCAACUGAUUGCAAUAAUGUAAAUUUGUUUUAACUAUUAAACGAACCAAAAAUA